UAAAAAGAACAGACCAAUUAUGUCCGCGACUGUAUGUACGUACAUAAUUUAACAAAUCGUAUAACUUACAAGUACGUAAAUAAAAAUUGGAAGUCUACUUUUAAACAAAGAUAUAUAGAUAGAACUAUACGUACACUACUAAAAUGGCUUAUAUCCUGAGCAAAAUACCUGUUUUAUAUCGAGCUGCUUACUACAAGAAUAUCAUUUUGGGUCCUGCCAAAAUCACACAUUUGGGUGCCAAAAUCACACAUAUAAGGAAUCAUGGAUAUAGUUCUCCUGUUAAAUUGCAUAGCUUGGAAGAACAAAAGUUUAAACUAAAAGAUAAGAUAAGCGAUGAUUAUAAGCUGAUAUACAAAGAGCAGAAAGGCUCUGUUGUACCUAUAUUUAAACGUCCCAAAUUUGUAUCAAAUACACUGUUUAAAAUCAAUGGUCGCAUUGUUCUACUGGAUAGAGCAUGUUUCACAACACAAGCAGCACGUGAAAUAAUGAUGUACAAAGCCAAGUAAAACUACAUUUCUACAUUUAUUCACAAUUUAUAUUGUAACUAUAUUGUAAACUUUGUCCAUUGUAUAUUUAUAAUUUCAAGAAAUGUAAGUGCAAGAAUCAAGAGAAUAGUAUUGCCAAAAUAUAUGUAUAUUUAUAUAAUACAUCU